UUGGGGAAGAAAGUUACUGCAAGGACUUUAUCGGUCCGGCAUUUUUCGAUCUGUGGAGAUUUUCCGUAAAAAUUACCCGUGUUCUCCUGUUGCAUGACCUUGACAGUAACGUACACAACGUAUUCUUUUAAGUCUGGAAAGUAUAAUCAUACACUUUUUUCUGUUGGAAACAAUACAGUCACCGCCCGGGGGAGCGGUUUUUUGAUCAGCCACGCUGUGCCUGUGGUGAUUCGGUAGAAAAUCGCCACGCUGGCUCGUGAGCAUAUGUGCAGUUUUUGUCACACCAAAAGACACUUGCAUUUCAUAAAGACGUGAAAAUGUAUCGUGCAAAAACGUUUCUCUCGGGUCUUUCCAAGCCACAGACCCUUGGAAUUUUACUUCAAAGGACUUGUGCCAGUACACAUAUCAUCCCAGAAAGGACUCAAACGACACACUCGUUUCUAAAUGGCAGCUCAUCUGUGUACACAGAACACAUGUAUGAAGCAUGGCUCCAAGAUCCUUCAAGUGUGCACAAGUCUUGGGAUGCCUACUUUCGUCAUGGAGAAUUCACUAGUCCGUCACAAUUAGUACCACACGCUCAACCUUCAACCUCUGUAGAUACAUACAAACAGAGUCAAGAAUACUACCAUGUACAGAGUCUCAUCCGAUCUUACCAGGAAAGAGGACAUAAGAUUGCCGAUUUGGAUCCCCUGGGGAUAAAUUCAGCUGACCUGGAUUCAGAAUGUCCCAAAAGUCUUAUGCUGAGCUCCCACAACUUUGGUGAGACUGACCUGGAUAGGAAGUUUUACUUACCUGAUGAUAGUGUGACCUACAUAGGAGGGGAAGAGAAGUCCCUGUCACUGGGGGAAAUCAUUCGUAGACUAGAGAACAUCUAUUGUAAGCAUAUUGGAAUUGAGUAUACUCACAUCAACAAUGAGGAACAGACUCGCUGGAUCAGGGAAAAGUUUGAGACUCCGAGAAUCAGAGAAUUUUCAACAGAGGAGAAACAUGUCACUCUUGCUCGCCUUGUUCGAUCACAAAGAUUUGAGGAAUUUCUGUCAACAAAGUGGACAUCAGAGAAGCGUUUCGGUUUGGAGGGAUGUGAGGUGUUGAUUCCAGGAAUGAAGACCAUUAUUGAUAAGUCUACAGAGUAUGGAGCAGAGAGUUUUAUUAUUGGAAUGCCACACAGAGGAAGACUGAAUGUACUGGCCAAUGUCUGCAGAAAGCCCCUGGAGAACAUCUUCUGUCAGUUUGACUCCAAAUUGAAUGAGGAAGAUGAAGGAUCUGGAGAUGUCAAGUACCAUCUUGGAAUGUCACACCACAGGUUGAACAGGGUCACAAAUAAAGAAAUCAAAAUCGCAGUGGUGGCUAACCCAUCUCAUUUAGAGGCUGUAGGUCCUGUGGCUCAAGGCAAGACUAGGCAUGAACAGGAGUGUAUGGGAGACACUGAUGGCAAAAGGGUGAUGAGCAUUCUUUUACAUGGUGAUGCAGCAUUUUCUGGUCAGGGAGUUGUAUAUGAAACUCUACAUUUGAGUGACUUACCAGCUUUUACCACUCACGGCACCAUUCACAUUGUAGUCAACAAUCAGAUUGGAUUUACCACAGAUCCACGUUUUUCGAGAUCCUCCCCCUACCCCACUGAUGUAGGGAGGGUGAUCAAUGCCCCCAUCUUCCAUGUCAAUGCUGACUACCCUGAGGAGGUGGUGUAUGUGUGUAAGGUGGCUGCUGAGUGGAGGGCCACAUUUGGAAAAGAUGUGGUAGUUGAUCUAGUAUGCUACAGAAGAAAUGGCCACAAUGAAAAUGAUAAUCCGUAUGUAACUCAACCUAUCAUGUACAAAGCCAUAAAGAAACAGCAGCCAGUGAUGGAGAAGUAUGCAGAUGAGCUUGUCAGUUCAGGGGUUGUCACCAAAGAUGAUUACAAGAAUGAAAUAGAGAAGUAUGACCAAAUCUGUAAGAAAGCUUAUGAUGAAUCCAAGAACAUCCUGGUGAAUAAGAACAGUGAAUGGCUGGACUCACCAUGGGGAGACUUCUUCACUAACAAAGACCAGAUGAAAGUGGCACCUACGGGGAUACCCGAGGAGGUUGUACGUAAACUUGGUGUCCAGGCCAGCUCUGUCCCUGAUGAUCUCAACAUUCACACAAGUUUGAGCAGAGUUCUUAAGGCCCGGAUGAAGAUGAUUGAGGAGAGAACCGUGGACUGGGCCCUGGGGGAGACUAUAGCUUACAUGUCCCUCCUUAUUGAUGGCUACCCAGUGAGACUCAGUGGUCAGGAUGUAGAGAGAGGGACAUUCAGUCACCGUCAUCAUGUGAUUCAUGAUCAGAAUAUUGACAAGAAGACAUAUUGUCAGCUCAAUGACCUGGAUGGUCUGUUUGAGGGGAAGAAGCCUGCCCCCUACACUGUGUGUAACAGUUCUCUGUCUGAGUAUGCUGUGCUAGGGUUUGAGGUGGGCUUUAGUCAGGUGGAUCCUAACUGUCUGGUCUUGUGGGAGGCCCAGUUUGGAGACUUUGCUAACACAGCUCAGCCAAUCAUUGAUCAGUUUAUAUCCUGUGGACAAGAUAAGUGGGUCAGACAACUUGGAUUGACCCUCUUACUCCCUCACGGGUAUGAGGGCAUGGGUCCUGAACACUCGAGUGCUCGAUUGGAGCGAUUUCUACAGAUGUCUAAUGACGAUCCUAGUCAGGAGCUGAUCCUACAAAAACUGGAGAUAUUUGGUGAUGACUUUGCCAUGCAGCAACUUCACGACAUCAACUGGUUUGUGUGUAAUAUUUCCACUCCAGCGAACUUCUUCCAUGCCAUCCGACGACAGAUCCUGCUUCCCUUUAGGAGACCACUGAUUGUUAUGAGCCCAAAGGCCAUUCUUCGUCUCCCUGAAGCCAGGUCAUCUUUUGAUGACAUGAUUGGGGACACAGAAUUCCAGAGAAUUAUUCCAGACACUGGACCAGCCUCAGAGAAUCCAGAGGGAGUUAACAAAUUGGUGUUCUGUACUGGAAAGGUGUACUACGAAAUUGCCAAAACCAGAAAAGUGACUGAGAAGGAAAGUGAGGUCGCUGUUGUACGCAUUGAACAGAUUUCUCCAUUCCCCUAUGAUUUGAUUCGGGAUGAGAUUGCUAAAUACCCUAAUGCCAGCAUCUCUUGGGUUCAAGAAGAGCAUAAAAAUAUGGGUGCAUUCCAGUACGUGGAACCCAGACUUCGUCAUCUUCUGAUGAAUAUGGGAAAAGAUGAAAAAGUGAAGUAUGAGGGUCGUUUUCCGGCUGCCUCCCCAGCUGCAGGUAACAAACAACUUCACGAACAGGAGCUGGACGCCUUCAUGAGCAAUGUCUGCAAUCCAGAUUUCUAUUGAAACAGCAAGAAAAGGAAACUUUGAAUCCAGAACAGAAUUUCUAUAAUGUUAGAUUGAAAUCAAAACCAUAACACCAAAUGCCACUGAUUGUGCCUAAAUUGUUUUGUUCUUGACUUCAGCACUUUUAUUUUUUUCUCCAUUUUAAAGCAACAUGUGCAUUAAUGCUUGUCUUAUGAAAGAAUGAACAUAACAAGGGAGCAUAAUUCUUUGGACAGAAUCUCCAUGAUGCUAUAUUUUUCUGGGUUGGAUGUUUUUUCAGUGUCACAGAAUUAGAAAUAAUAGGAAAAAUUAUUAUAAUAAAUUUUAUAUGUGAUUAAAUUUCUUGCAAAGGAAUUUUGAAAGAUAUUUUUCCCAUGUAAUUUUGUGUGAUAUGCAACCUAUUUCUUUUUAAAAGGCAAUUAUCUUUUUUUUUCCAAUUGUUAAAUUUUAUUGUUGAUUUGUUGCAAAUGUUAUCAGUGAUUUCAUAUUUGAAAACAUUUUUUGUUUAUCUAAAGGAGGUAGUUUUUAGUAGACUUGCUUUUUCUUCACUAGAAUUGUAUGAAGUACAAAUUCAGGGAAUGUUUUGUGGAGGGGUGUAACCUCUUUUGUCACCAGUGAAUUAACUUUAUCUCAUGCUUACAUUUAAAACCAGAAAUAUUUCACAAGAUUCAUUCAUAUUUUCUUUUCUUCUAUCUGAAGUACUUAAAUACAGUGUCAGAACCAAAAGAAUUCAAAACAUGGUAAAUGAAAGCAGAAUGAAAAGCCAUUCAUAAAGUACAUGUACUUAAUUUAAUCUGUCAUUUAUAUGUUAGUAUGAAUUGUUAUCUUUCACACUUCAAUCUUCAUAAACAAUUGAAAAAAAUCAAUGAGCUAAUUAAAAUUCUGUAAUUCAAUUUAUAUAAUUUUAGCUCAUUAAAAUAUGCAUAUACAAUUAUUGACUGGGUAUAAAGGGCAAAUUGAUUUGUUGGACCUGAAGCUAAAGUCUAUAUCCGAAAAAAUUCUUUGAUCCAAAGAUUUAGAAUUUCAUGUAUGAUGGGAGUUGAGAAAUAUUUCUGGUUUGUAAUGUAUGUUAAAUUAUUUUGUACAAAGAAUGUAAACAGGAUAAAUAUUAAUAUUUUAUUUAUUUGAUUAGAAUUUUUUGACAUGUAUGUCUCCACUUCUCCGUUGCAUAGAACUACAGAUUAUUUAUAAUUUUGCAGAUAAUAAAAAAAUUUAAAGCUUG